AUGGCUAAGAGCACACGAGUCCCUGUGCUCCCAACUAACCUACGCUGGUUACGCUGGUAUCACCCCCUCCCAAAACCCUCAAAACGGGCAAAACCCGAUUUCGCCAUCUUCUCCAUAUUUUGUCCACAAAUCGAUCUGCGUAACUUUGAAGGAGAGAAAUUGAUGGCUUAUAGACGUAGUCUCACAGGGAAGCUGCUCUAUGAACAGAGGCAACGUUUUGCUCCUUCAUUUGCUUGUACUCAUCGUGAUGACGAUGAGCGUAAAACCCUGAGCGAUGCCCCCAUUAUAGGGAAUCGAAAUAUAGGUAACAAUUUCCAAGGGAGAUUUUUCAGGACCGGAAAUGAUUUCAGCACUUUCAGUGGGUCGAGAAACUUGUUCCAAGACCGGAGAUUUUUGAGUCCAGUGGGUUAUUGGCCGGUUUUUGGGAGAUACAUGUCGAGUGUGAGUGUUGGUGAAGGGGCAGUGGAUAAGAUUGAGAUUAUGAGCGAUGUAGCGGAGGUGUUUGGGGAAAAUACUGCUGAGGUGGCUGCACAGGCGGGGCCAAUGGUCAAUGAGGUGGCAAUUGCAGCUGCAGACUCGUACUUCCCAGUGGCAGCGCUCCAGUACUUGACUGAUUAUGUCCACAGUAUCAGCGGGUUUAAUUGGUGGGCAUCAAUUGUUUUGACAACUCUUUUGAUUCGAAGCAUUACUCUUCCUCUUAUGAUAAAUCAGCUGAAAGCCACUUCAAAAUUUACUCUUUUGAGGCCACGGUUGGAGGAGAUCAAAGAAGAUAUGCAAAAUAGGGGCAUGAGUCCCUCAGCUGUUGCUGAAGGUCAGGCACAGAUGCAGGCACUAUUCAAGGAAUAUGGUGUGACGCCAUUUACCCCGAUGAAGGGACUUUUUAUUCAAGGUCCCAUCUUUGUCAGUUUUUUCCUUGCUAUUUCAAACAUGGUGGAAAAGGUUCCUUCUUUUAAACAGGGCGGAGCAUUUUGGUUUACCGAUUUGACAACUCCAGAUAGCAUGUAUAUCUUUCCAGUUUUGACGGCAUUGACAUUUUGGAUAACAGUGGAGUGCAACGCUCAAGAAGGUCUAGAAGGAAAUCCUGCUGCUAAAACUAUCAAGAAUGUUUCGAGGGUCUUUGCUGCCCUAUCAAUUCCUUUUACCGCAGGUUUUCCCAAGGCUAUAUUCUGUUAUUGGAUUACCUCCAACCUGUUCUCGCUCACAUAUGGAUUGGUUAUUAGAAACCCCGAGAUGAAAAAGUUCUUGGGUAUACCCAUAAUACCCGUGACACCUCCUUCUUCGACUGAUAAAAAACCCGCCUUCUCAUUUUUCGAAGCACUCAAAAAAUAUGCAGCAGCCCAACAACAGAAGUCUCUACAAUCAUCACCUGGUGAAGCAUCAAAACCUACCACUCCAAGAAUCCCUUCUUCAGCUGUUCUUAAUCAAAGGCUUAAAAGCUUGGAAAAAGAAGUCAAAGGAAGGAAGAAGGGAAGGAAAAGGUGA